AUGGCCUACACAAAUGCUCUUCGAGAUGGAUUUGAGACGAUUUUCGACGUCUGUAUAGCGUCCGUGAUGUGUCACUCGAAUCCGCCCUAUCUCAUGCAUCAAACGAUGAAUUUCUCGUACGGAUGGGACGGCAGCCUGCCCGCACCCGUCUUCUCCGAAGCCUCGUACGAUUGUCCGCGAUAUUCCCGCUGUCCGCCCCUCGUCCCCAUCAGAGCCAAAUGUACCGACCUGGACCUUUGGGAAUUCCAAGAUUUCAAUAUCAAUUCUCUGUGCUCAGGAAAUUCGCAAGACUACGUUUACUCCUCGUACGACGGCCUGUCGUACAAGCGCUACCCAGGGCCCUUGAAUCGGACCGCGGCCAGCCAGGUUUGCUGCCGGGACGGAGCACGACUCGCUUCCGACACGAAUACCAACACCUAUAAUUCCAUCCGACUCGUCGCCCCUGACACCACCGAAGCCAUUCUGCAAGGCGCCACCGACGAGGACGAGGAAGGCACAUGGAUCUACGAGGACACAAGUUUCCUCCAGGUGAACAACACGCCGACAACAUCCUAUAAUUGGUGGGGAAGGAACGGCAGCCUCCCAGUGGGCCAGCAGCAAGCCCCAAACGGCGGACGAGACAAGAAUUGCCUCAGUCUUUUAGGGGGUCACUGGUUCGACAUCCCUUGUUCCACCGAGCUCCCGUUCGUCUGCCAGUACUACUAA